AUGGCGACGAUAUCUUCAGCUCGAACAUCCUCAAUUCCACCGGACAUUUUGCUGCCGAAAGCGAUCACGGCACUAUCAGGGGAAAUGCAUCUAGAGCCAGAGACAAAGCCAGAGCAAGUACCAGCCUUAGCGCCAGAAGAACCAGUACCACAAGCAAUCAUCAACCUCAGCACUUUUUUGGACACGGUCAGAGAUGCAGUUGAGGAUUACCCUGGCUUGGUGGACGCGAUCGUCGACCCUGAAGCCGAGGUUGACCUCUCUUUCGGUGACUUGUCUGCUCUUGUGGACAAAGAUCCAGCACCAUCUGUCAAGUAG